CAGCAGCAGCAGGGACUGCUGUCCGGUAGGAGCAGGGCCGGAGGAAAAUGCAGACAUCCUGCGGAAAACACGCAGAGCAGCGUCCCGACGACACUCGCUGAUCCUCGUGUCUUCGCCGUUUUUCGUUAUUGCUUUGUCUUCUUGCGUCCCUCUCCUCUCUAAACACCGGAGGAUGGGGGAAUGAUCAGUGCCGCCACCAUCUCCCCGUCCUCCGCCUUCGUCUGGUGUCUGUGCCCAGGAUGAGGGCUCGUCUGCUCGGACACACGGUGGUGUUCGUUGCCCUUUUGGCGCUGAGAAGCUGCCUGGCAGGUUCUCCUCUGUGCCCUCGGAGUUUAGAAUGUGCCCUGGCAGGAAGACACUUCUGCCGGCCUGGCAGCUCCCACUGUGGGCCUUGUCUGCGCCCCCUGGUGGAAAACUCCCGUGGACGCUGCGUGGUCAAGAGGAGACAUGCUCCUCACACUCAUUCUGUUAAAGAUAAAGUGAGCCCAUACCCUGAGCUCGAUGAGGAGAUUGACUUUCUCUCUGCAAUCAUCAGGGAACAGAGACCCGAGUCCUACAGCUCAGCCCCAUCCUCCCAGGAGAUCACAUCCAAGCAGUUUGAAGAGCAUGGCUACACUCACAGAGCAUCUUCUGUGGAACAGCCUCCUACUCAGAGUGUCCUGCUAACUAGCAUCGCUUCACCCACCCCUAGAAACCACACUGCCGCUCUGAGCAGUCCCAUCAUCCUCCGCUACCCUCCUGACGACCAUGUCUUCAUCAUCAUGAGCAGCGUCGUCAUUGUGGCAGGUUCCCUGGCACUGCUGGUAGCGUUGGCUUGCUGGGUCAGGUUUCAGAAAUAUGUUCAUAUCAAUCAGAAAGUGGACUACCCUUCAUCUGGACUGAUGAGUGCUCAGGCAUUCGAGAAUUUGCUUGGGGACAAGAAGCUGGCCCACAGUGCCCAAAUGUACCACUACCAGCACCAGAAGCAACAGAUGCUCUCCCUGAGAAAACACAGGGUUGAGCCUAAAGUUCCUGACUCUGCAGCCUCAACAGAUGAGGAGAAUGAGGAUGGAGAUUUCACCGUGUAUGAGUGUCCUGGACUUGCACCAACGGGGGAAAUGGAGGUGAAGAACCCGUUGUUUGACGACUCCACCCUCUACCUGCAGAGAUUUCACAAAUGAACCUGGACACAGAGACGUUUCAUGCUCUAAAAGCAGCACCUGUAUGUACAAAUAUUUACACGUCAGUUUAAUUGUUCCAGAUCGGACACAUACCCUAAACAGCCAAACUACAUUUGGUUUUUCCCGUUUUGUUUACAUAUUUCUUUACUGUUUAUUACACACAUAUGCAACCAUACGUGCUCAGCAUUUAUGAGCUCACAGAUAGAACAGGCUUUGCUUUUAUUUCAGCAUUUUAAAUGGAUGUAAUGUUGAUAUGAACACAACUCAGCUCAGCGACUUCUCUUGUGUGUUAUGUACACAUUGUUUUUCAGUUGAUUUCCGUCUUGCUGGCACCAUGUCUACAUGCAUCUGCAUUCUUACAGUUCAUCCAAGAAAUUUAAAUAUUAGACAAAGAUAACACAAGUAAAUUAAAUGUAUAACUGAAGGUGUUUGUGAUUAAGAGGGGAAAAAUCCAUACCUGCACAGCCCUGUGUGAUGAAGCGAGUGGGAAUGUGGACUGACGAGACAAAGGUUGAACUUUCUGGAAGGUGUGUGUCCCAUUGCAUCUGGUGUGAAAGUAACACAGCAUUUCAGAAAUGGGACAUCAUACCAGCAGUGAUGUAUGGUGCUGCUGGUGUGACAGUCUGGGCUGUUUUGCUGUCUCAGGACCAGAAGACUUGCUGUGGUAAAUGCAAACAUGAAUUCUGCCAACGACCAAAACAUCCUGAAGGAGAAUGUCCGACUAUCUGUUUGUGACCUCGAGCUGAAGCACAUUUGGGUUCUGCAGCAGGACAAUGAUCCAAAGCACACCAGCAGGUCCUCCUCUGAAUGGGUUAAGAAACACAAAAUGAAGACUUUGGAGUGGCCGAGUCAAAGUCAAGACCUGAAUCUGGUUGAGAUACUGUGGCAUGACCUAAAAAGGUGUUUCAUCCUCGGAAGCUGUUCUGUGUGACUGAAUUACAAGAAUUGUGCAAAGAGGAGUGAGACACAACUCCCCGACAGAACUGCAACAGACAGUUAUCACAAACUUCGGAUUGCAGCGGCUUAACCAGUUACACACACACACACGCACACGCACGCGCACGCGCACGCACACGCACACGCACACACACACA